GUGUUACCGCAUUUGAAGAUCUUCCAUGAACGCGGUUCAAAGCGAAUAGGAAACGCUCUUUGGUUUCAACAGAGUGAGCUCGGGAAAGAAGAAAUAAAAUUGAACGAAAACCCUAGCUCAGAAACCACACGAAGAAGGAAAACUCAUGGCUGCAUCUUUCUCUCGCUUGCCCAUGUGCUUUUUGUGAUUUCGGGAGAGAUUGCUUGUUGUAGGCCUGCAGUGGACAUUGGACAACAAGGAAGAAGCCAAGAAAGCAGAGCCCUGGCAGCAUAGUACUCUGUAGAGUCCAAGAGGGAGUUAGCAAAAUGAGGUUCACUUUUGACCUAACGGAACCAGACUGCAACAGCAACAGCAACCUUGACAAUCGUCAAUCUGUAACUCCGCCGUCAACUUCCACCCCAAAAGAAGAGCUGGAAUGGAUUCCGCUGCAAAACCACCCUGUCUUCACUGCAGAUGGUGUUGCCACCCAAACGUCCAGCACUAAAAUGCAAAAAAAUCUUCUGGCUUGGGAUGGAGCAUCCCGGCUGUACUAUUGGGACUCUUCCAGACAGUGCCUGCACAGGGUUUCUGUUCGGUUGGGUGAACCAGACUCAAGCUCUGUUCUUGCUUCUUGCCCCUCUAAGGUGUUGCAAGCUGAUGUACAGCUAAAUUUUGAGGUUGACAGGAUUUCCAUUAAUAGAAAUGGGUCAGCAAUAUUCUUAGUGGGCAUGGAGGGUCUGUGCAUUAUGUAUCUAUAUGGGCGGACUUCAACAAAAGAAAAUACAAUAAUUUGCCGGACUGUUUCAGCUGGCUCAGAAAUUUACUUCAAUGGAAAGAAUGCCAUACGCACAUUACAGAUAUCUUGGCACCCUUGCAGUGACACCCAUUUGGGAAUUCUCUCUUCAGAUUCAGUUUUUAGAAUUUUUGACUUAUCUUCGGCACUUGUACAACCAGAGCAAGAGUAUUAUUUGCAACCAAUAGAACAUGGUAGUUCAUGUGAUGCUGCAUCAAUAUGUCCAGUUGAUUUUUCUUUUGGAGGUGAUCACUUGUGGGACAAAUUUAGUGUUUUUGUGUUAUUUAGUGAUGGAUCUGUUUAUGUUCUAUGCCCGGUCGUUCCUUUUGGAAGUGUAUACAAAUGGGAAUCCAUAUUGGAAUUAUACAAUGAUGCUAAUGCAUUUGGGCUGAAGUCUUCAAAUUCAAGAGCAAUUAAAAAUUCUAAUUUGGCCAUUUCUUGGUUAGGAGCAACAUUUCCUGAACUAAGUCACCAAGAUGUACAAGGUGGAAAUGCGUUUGCACUUCGAGCUCAACCUUAUGCUUUAUUUGAUUCUUCUGUUGCACUGCAGGGGCCUCUACGCAAAAUAUCUCAUGGCGUAGAAGAUCCUCAAGUUCAGCCUGCUAUAUGCGAAGGGCGUGCUGUUAGUUUUCUUUAUAAUUUAGUUAGCAAGGAUUCAAUUCUUGUAACUGCUUGGAGUGGUGGGCAACUGCAAAUAGAUGCUUUAGCUGAUGAAAUACAGCCAGUAUGGAAAGUUGGCAGCCCAGCUCGUCUUAGUGUUGAUUCCAAUGAUCGUAUAGUUGGUCUUGCCAUGAUUUCUGAAUCUGUUAUUAGUGAUCACUCUAUCUUGAAGCUCGAUUUACCACCUGAUGAUACCCUUUGGUUGGGGCAUCCACCCCCUCUCUUGAGGUUGGCUAUAGUGGAUUUAUCUCUGCCUAGAAAAAGUGGUUAUCUUAUCUCAAUGUGUGUUGACCCUCUUAUGCCAGAAAGAAUAUAUUGCCUUCAUGUUGGAGGGGUAGAUUCAGUUGUGUUGCAUUUUCUUCCCUUCACAAAUCAGAAUAGUGACAAGGACGAGUCGAUCAGAAGCCCUUCUGUUCAUCCAGUUCUUACUACUUGCCAGGAAGAGUCAUCACUUCCUUCCCCAUUAUGUGGUUUCUUGGCUCUGUCAGAUUCGUUUGGCGAUUCUUGGGUUGUGGGCCUUACAUGCAAUUUUCAGUGCAUUGUUUUGGAUAUGGAAACAUGGAACAUAAUGCCACGUCGUGUUAAUGAGGUGGGGAAGCCCACCAGUUCAGAGGUGUCAAAAGAAGCAAAUAAUCAAACUAUUAUAAGUAAAGAACUCCUUACUGGCCCUAAGGUAGUUCUCUUGCCUCCUUCUUCACCAACUCUACGCUCUGUUACAUCAGAUUCAAUUGAAGGCCGGGCAACACUGCAUCAGUACUUUAAGCUUUUCCAUGAAAAUUAUGUGGAAUAUGCACACAAGGUGUACUUUGAACUCCAGCACCACGCCCCUCAUUUGAAGAGAAUCAUUGAUGAACAGCAUUCUCGACUUCAAAAAGCACAGCAGAAGCUUGUAAAUGUUGAAAAGAAGCAGGAAAAAUUAGAGGACCGGUUUCAGUGUGCAGUUCAGCGUCACAGUGCCAUAGAAGAGCGGUUACAAAAGCUGAGAUCUUUGCCAACAGCACAUAAAAGAUCACUAUCAAAAGCAGAGCAAGAGUUCAAAUCAGAACUUGACAAAAUUACUGGAGUUGAGUUAGAUGCUUUGCGCUCUUCCAUUGAAGCACUAAAUGCGAGGAUGAAAAGAUACGCACAUUCUCCAAAGCCGAAUCAAUUAAAUGAGCAGAGACAAAUAUCAGCCAGGAGGAAAAGUCACGUUGUAGAUAAUCAAAUGACCCAGCUGAAAGCCUCACUUGAAAAGCUCUCACUAACCAACAGCGAAAAUACCAAAAAAGUUAAGCUUGUUGAGUCUGCACUGAAAACCCGCGAAGCUUAGCAGUUGAUGAAAUUACAGUCCAGUGUUGUUGUGGCAACAAUGACAGUCCCUCAAAUGCAACAGUUGACAGCAUACCGAUUUUUGUUGUGAUGCUAUAUAUGAGCAUUACCUUUCCUGAAAGCUUUUUGAUCUAUGGAUAAUGAAUCUGUGAUGAAGCUUAUGAUUCUGAAAUUUUAACAGUUAUAAAAACUCA